UCGUUGUCUGUCCGCCAUUUUGGAUAUUGUAUUCAACUGAAUGUCUUCUUUGCUUCUUAUAAUACGCGGAAAUUGCCCUUCAGCAAAAGUUUGAUUUACUAUCGACGUCUUAUCUUCAUUCUUGAAGACAAAGUGCUACAGAGACGAGCGAAAAACUCGUGUGUUUGACGUCUCGAUGGAGGAAAAGCCACCCGUACGAAAAGAGUGCUCUAGUCUGCCCAAAGGAUGGUACAGGGAAAUCGUUAUAAGAAAAGGAGGUCUCUCUGCUGGACGGUCGGAUGUUUACUAUUACAGCCCUGAUGGUAAAAAAUGCCGCUCCAAGCCACAAUUAGAAAAAGAGCUUGGAGGUGUUGACCUCACAGACUUUGAUUUUAGAAAUGGUACCUUUUGCAAGCGUAGUAGCAGACGACGUACYAAUCCACAAAACUAUAGCCGAGAUUUGAAUGGGACCAUUCAACCAUCRCCAGUACGGCAGUCAACAAAGUCCUUUUCAAAGCAGCCUGUCUCAUAUUACCCUUCAACUGAGGAACCUAGUCCCCCCAAAAAGCRUAAAAUGGAACAAUCUUGUAAAAAUACUAAGAUUAAUAAAGAUAAGCCAAAGCAGUUGUUCUGGGAAAAGCGUUUACAAGGAAUUACAGCAGUUGAUGUAUCAGAUGGAAGAAAACUAGAUAGUUUCAAUCUUUCUAAAGGAUUUAAGAUCGUUGGUCCAGGUAUUGAUGAAAAGGGCUUACUUCAUGCAUUAAUGGCCAAGAUACACUCUAGUACUGGUAUAAGAGGACAACAUACAUCAAUAGUUGCUCUAGAAAAGCAUCCUGAAAUAUGGAUAAACGUUGAUCAACCACCGUGUACCCCAUUUACGAUAUCUGAAAGCGAAGUCAAGUCGCAAGAGGAAAGAGUAGCAAAGUUGCGCAGAAGGUUGGCUGAGGCUUUGUUAGAUUACGAUCAAAUUAAGCUCAAGAUUCUAUCCAUGCAAAGACCAUCUAGGAAUCAGUUGGAUUAUUUGUAGACUUUGAUAAUAUUCUAGUUAUGAUGGAAUUUUAUUGGGAUAUAAGCCAUCUUGAAAAAGCAUAAUUAAUAUUGGAUGUUAAGGCAAGUUAUUGCAUGUUUGCUUUGGCAUGUGCUGUUUAAAAUAAGCAAAGCAUAAAACACCCAAAGAGUAGACAAAGUCCAGUGACGUUUGGUAAUGCCAUAACCACAGAUGGCGAUAAAUGCCRACCAGAGAUGAGAUAAAUAAAAUGUUUCCAAAUAGAGACUAUUUCCAGAGAAAAAGUAUAUUGUAACCAAAGAUUGAAGAUCAUUGAUAUUGAUCAGCUAUUCUCUAGCAAUACAUACAAGAGACUGUUUCUGUCUACUCAAACAAGUACUUAUUUCCAACAAAAAAUUCUGUUUAUUGACAAUGCUUGGAAGAAGUCUCGUUGGUAAUUGAGAUCAGAUUCUCUGUUUGUUUUGUUGUUUGUUUGUUUUUUGUUUGCACAUUUUCUUAGUUUAUAAUAUUUUUGUGUCAAAAAAUGUAGUGUUUUUUAUUUAUUUACAAGUUCCCUGUUUAUUCUAUAAUAUAACUAUUUUCAAAUGUACCAUAUUUGUAAUAAAUUUCAAUGUGAAAACCUU